AUGAGACGCGAGUAUGCGCACCUCUACUCGCAAGCUGCCCUCGGCACUGCAGAGAAGGAGAUCGAUAACCUAACACCCCCUAGCUGUUCAGACCUUCCCUCGGAGCAAAGCGACACAACUUUAAUGUACCGCCACUCCCCCAUUAUAUAUGCGUCGGAUCCAAGGAUAACAACGCCGUACCCUGUUUUUGAUGCGUGGUCGGCAGUAACACCUGUACAGCCAUGGCCGUUACUCAUACAGGCUGAAGAUGCUCUUUUAUCCGUCUCCCACACCUUGGCAUAUGCUGGCAUAGGUAGCAAAACGCCUAUUAGGCAUCCGAAUCUACGCGACCAGAUUCUACAGCUGGAUUCCCACGUACUGUCGCUGGCAGCUGAAUGCGACGUCUACGCUGGCACAAUAUGCAAGGAGAACAUUGAAUCAGUUGCAGCCCAUCGUAUUAGAAUGAUUGCACGCCUCCAGAUUCACUCUGCUCGGAUAAAGUUACACAGUUUCAGUGUCCGACCGCCUCUCGAUCUGCUAUCCCCUUUUAACGUGCCUCGAGCCGGCAACGGAAACCCAGGAUGCGGACCGCCUGCUGGAAGAACUCCGGCACGGGCUCUCGUCGGUGAACGAGUCAAUGUAGAAAACCGUGACAUUUGA